AUGACCGACAGCGAACGGCUUUACCCAUUAAUAAAGCACUUCGUUUGUGAUUCAUCAAGCGCAGAUGCCGUUGGCGAGGUUGCCUUGGCCCGUUUCGGCCCUCUCAUGAAGGAUCCAAAAUUCAGGCGUCCAAACCAGACAGAAACAAACCCGAUAGAUGACGGCCAUCUAGCCGUUGAAGAGUAUAUUAAACAUAUCUGCCUUCCCAAUGACACGACAGAUACAAUGCUCAAGUCAUGGGCCUGGGAGGCGAACAGACGAAUGGGAAACAUGACCCCCCAAAUUCAGCUUCGUGAUCCGGCACGCAAUUACUUCAACACGACAGCCAUCCUAUUGCUGUCACUCUGCAAGAAUAUUUCCACAUUGUAUAUUGGCACCAUCUUUUAUGAUCUACUCGGCCAGUACUUGCGAAUGGUAAACUACGGAGAGACGCCUGUGCCUGCAUUACAGAAGCUGCAGCAUGUUCAUAUCGGUGCCUUGAUGGCAGCGCAUGAGCCCCCUGAAGACUUCUACAGCUUUUACUUGGGUGCAACUCUGCGACUAUUUCACCGAUUACCAUCAAUGACGACAAUAUCGAUGGAUGGUGUUUGCGACAACAUGGAACCGGAAUUCUAUAUUGAGCGCGUUGCCAAUAUGAAGAAAAUGUAUAUCACUCGAUCCGACAUUCGCACAUUUCCGCUAGACCAGAUGAUCCGAUUCCCAAAAGCACUGGAGGAAUUUACCCUGACCACAGGUGGGCUGUUUUCCAGACAUGGUUCAAAGCCCUGCAUCAUAUCAAGGACUCUUGGAAAAGCCUUGCGCCAGCAUCGGCAUACGCUCAAAACACUCAACCUAAGUUCUGAGGAUCUGGCCUGGCCCGCUCCAUGGGGCGUGGAUGACGAUGGACUUUCGGGCAAAAUACAAGGCGAGUCGUACGAAGCACUGCGAGAGUUCUACGGCCCGAACUAUAUCCAAAAGGACCUUGAAAUUCAAGACCCCCAGCCUAAAGAAGACGACGACCCGCCAGACCAACCUUUGAAUGGCAUUGGCUCCCUCCACGACUUUCCACAGCUCACAUACCUCAGUCUCUCUCUACAGAUGUUGUUUGGUUUUGGCUGUGAGCUAUAUGACGGCGCAUCCCAUGAGAUGCAAGUGGGGCCAAAGCCGCAAAAGUCACUCGUUUAG